AUGCCUAGUGCUGACGGUCAGGCGGCUCUUAUUCGUGACGUUUACGCCACUGCUAGGCUGGAUAUGGCAGAUACGCAAUACAUUGAGUCUCAUGGUACAUGGACAAAAUUCGACAACCCCAUCGAGUGUCGCGCCAUCUACGAGACACUUGGAGAGCAUGCAAGCCCGCAACGCAAACUAGUCCUCGGAAGCAUAGGACAUAUCGAAGGCGCAGCAGGUAUCGCCGCGCUGAUAAAAGGCAUCCUGGCCUUGGAAAAGAGUGUGAUACCGCCCAACUUAUAUUUUAACACAUCAAAUCCGACUAUCCCAUUUGCGGACAAGAGACGCAUGAGCAUUAGUGGUUUUGGUGCACGCGGUACCAACGCCCACGCCAUCGUAGAGAAUGCACCCCAGUCACGGCGGCGAACCGUAGCACCACAGACUAGCAGCUGUAUCAGGGGUUUAUUGGGUCCUUUAGGCGGCAGAAAAUCAUACCUCCGAAAGCGAGUCUUCAUCAUCACCAGCCAUGACCAGGGAGGAAUAGCACGCGUAGCACAGCGAUUCAAGCUCACUUGGAAAUACUACUGCAUUGCUUCAAGCCUAGAUCAGUCCCAAUCCCGACUUACGUCACUGCCGGGCAAUACCGCCGUCCGAGCCAACAAGACGCCAUCACUGGGGUAUAUAUUUACGGGCCAGGGUGCCCAAUGGGCACGAGUGGGUGUCGAGCUUCUCGACCAACCCGUUUUCAAAGCAUCCAUUGAUGACGUGAGGCCCGCACGCGUUGUGGGACAUUCCAGCGGCGAGAUUGCUGCCGCGCACUGCGUAGGCGCUCUCCACAAACUUAAUGCCGUGUUUGUGGCAUACCUAGGAAGCGUUGCAUCCGCGAGACUCAAGAUGGUGGCGCCAGAACUAGACGGAGGUAUGAUGGUUGUUGGCAGUUCUCAGCAAGAUAUCGAGGACUUGAUCUCUCGCAUGGGUGACACGGAUUUGACAGUCGCCUGUGCGACGCUAGAUGCAAAGGGUAAAUCUGCACGACGCCUUGACAUCGAUGUAGCGUACCACUCCGAUCAUGUGCAGGUAAUCCACCCUUGCUACGUCCAGGCCGUGGGCCAUAUUCAUGUAAUCCCUCAGGAAGACGGGGAUGGUAGGCCAGUCAUGUUUUCCAGUACGGAUGGCGGGCAAGCUGCACCAGAGUCACUGGGUGGUUUCUACUUGGGCCGUAAUCUCAACAACCCGGUGUAUUUCUCCGACGCCUUGACUGAGAUGGUUUUGACGCCGGCAGAGGAUAACUCGGCCUUGUCUUCUGCCAAUACUGUGGAUAUUCUGGUGGAACUUGGAUCGCAUUCUGCUCUGGCUGGACCAGUUGAAGAAGUACUAGACAAAAACGGGUCAAAGGGUACCGAGUACCGCUCUGCAAUGACCAGGGGAAUGAAUGCGGUCGAUACAGUUCUUGACCUUGCAGGCUGGCCUUUUGUCAAGGGCUACCCGGUUGAUAUUGCCAAAAAGAGUCUGCUUGGUGCUUCCUUCACAUCCAUCAGCGAAAGAGAACGAAUCUGGCGCAGCCAUCUCCGCCUUUCGGGGGAAGGGUGGAUUCGUGAUCACAAGGUCAUGUCCACGGUCUUGUUCCCGGGGGCAGGAUUAGCCGUCAUGGCUAUCGAGGCCGCUCGCCAGAUGGCCGAUGCAGGCAAGUCGAUUCCCUCAUUCAAGCUGCGGUAUAUCCAUCGGCUCGGCCGUGGUGGUAAACGAGGAGUGAGCAAGCGAAGCCACCAUCCAUCUAGAUCCACAUCUCACCAAUACAGCCGGCCCAAGCUCGAAUAUAAGAUGGCUCGAAUCGUCUAUAGGGCCAACCACGAGGAACACAUGGAUCGCGAGAUGCAGCUAUUCGCCGCUUCCCGUAUCUCACACUACAGGAGUGCAUACGACUCUCGUGCUGGGGAACUUCCCACUGGUGACUUCUACCGUGAUUUCAGCAAAGUAGGUUUGGACUUUGGUCCCACAUUUCGCAAUAUCAAGAAGCCGCACCUGAGAAAAGGGAAAUCCGUGUUUGAAAUCUCCAUUGGUGAUCCCGGAGAGAUCUUCAGUACGGGCCAGCCUGGCCGUCACCAUCUGAUCCACCCGACCACACUAGACUCCAUCUUCGCACCCACCUUUUGCGCCAUGCAUGAUGAGAUAAAGCCACCUACCAAACCAAUGGUUCCUACGUUCAUCGAGGAGCUGGCCAUCUUCUCUGGUAUUCCUGAUGCUGUGGGGACCAACUUGAAAGGUGUUUCGUCUGGAACUUCAGCUUACAUUUCUAUGCGGGGAUUCAGGUGCACGACUGAAACUUCGAAUGAGAGCCAGUCGGAUGGGCAGCCUUAUGACACAGCGUCGGUUCUAUGCUCUUCACCGAGUUGGGAGCAUGGGUUACAUCUGCUGAAGCCUAGUCAGGUGCAGCAUAUGGUGGAGAACGCAGGCGAAACUUCCAACGUUAGAAUUAGCAAGAUCUGUAGCAUGUUGCUGCACGAACAGCCUGGACGAACAGUCUUGGAGUUAUUACCCAAGACCGGAGACAUCGAUUCUUUCAUCCGGAGCAGUAUGUUCUCAAUUGCGAGAUUCACGCUCCCAAGCUUAGUAAACUACGCCAUUAUUGGGUCUACAAGCACAUCAAAUAAUAGGAACAUACUGUUUCUCGAUUCUGCAAAUGACUCUGAAUGCUGUCUCGACAAGACCGACACAUAUGAUCUUAUCAUUGUCCCUGAGCGGUGCAAGUCUACACCAGGACUCGAAACAUGCCUUCGCCAGCUCAAAACACUACUCACACCCACUGGACAGCUCAUCUCUGGUAUUGACCUCGAUAUCUCCCUCGCCACACAGGAAAUGAGCGCAAAGCCCCAAACUUCAGGGUCAAACAGCCCGAACAUCAGUGAUAUCCUUAUCCUUGAGCCUCCAUCUCCAAGCGCACGCGUAACUGUAUUCACUGCAUGCCUUGUCUCGGCGUUGCAAUCCCAGGCCUUCUCCGGCCCCAGCGCCUCCAUCGCCACCGGUCUCUUCCGCUCCAUUCGCAGUGAAAAUGUCGGCCAGUGGCUCCAGCUACUGCACCUAGCCCCUGAGACCAUGGAGGAUGGGAUUGGAACUCGUAUGACGGCACGGAUUACAUGUAGCACGGGCCAAGAAAUUGGGUUCCUCGUUGAAAGCGACGGGCUGGUCAAAACCAAUCGCAUUUUUCUGGAGAAGCAGCUGAACACGCAGAUUUUAGGAUUCAGGGGCGAGCAGACGCGUGUGCUGAAGCUCAGGGAGAUCGAGUAUCCGGUGAAAUUGGCGAUUGGGAAACCGGGGCUAUUGGAUACUUUGUAUUUUGAGAGGCAUGCUGGGCUGUCUGUGCCGUUGGGGGAGAAUGAGGUGGAGUCUCGGGUUGAGGCAUCUGGUGUGAAUUUCCGAGACGUCAUGAUAUCCAUGGGAAUCAUAGUCACGCCGGAGCUAGGCUACGAAGCCAGCGGCACAGUCACAGCCAUCGGCUCAAACGUGACAAGCGUCCAGGUUGGAGACCGCGUCUGCGCCUAUGUCUUAGGCGCACAUGCCACCGUCGUUCGAACAAAGUUCCUCAUGUGCGCGAUCAUACCGGAGCAAAUCUCCUUCGAGGCUGGCGCUGCCAUGCCCUCGUUUUUGAUUCACGCUGCUGCUGGAGGCGUGGUGCAGGCCGACAUUCAGCUUGCACAGCAUUUGGGGCUAAUUGUCUAUGCAACUGUGAGUUCCGCCGAGAAGAGAAGUGUCGUGCAGUCUCAGUAUGGAAUUCCAGACAACCACAUUUUCUACUCGCGCGACCCGAGCUUCGCUAUGGCAGUCAAGCGUGUCACAAAUGGUCGAGGCGUGGAUUGCGUCCUGAAUUCACUGGCUGGCGAGUUACUCCGUGAGUCCUUCUACUGUCUCGCACCGCUGGGCAUCAUGGUCGAAAUUGGUAGCCGCAACGCCCUCGAAAACACGAGACUGGAUAUGCGGCCCUUCGCACGCAGUGCCACAUUUGCCUGCUUCAACCUGCUAGAUUUGUGGACCAAGCGCCCCAAGUUAUGGCCGAAGCUAUGCGAGACACGUUCGAGUUGGUGCGUCAUGGAGUUCUGCAGUCACCUCAUCCAUUGA